CUUUCACAUAACACAAGCAAGAUAAUUUGACCCCCACCCCCUGCACUCACCAUCUAUGUUCUCUCUCCCUCUCUCUCUUUAGGUUUUUUCACUUAGCUACUAGACGAAAGAUCACUUCAAUCACAAAGAAGAGAAGAAAAAGAAGAAGAAAAAAAGUUUACCUUAGGAGAAGGAAGCUGGAGAAGGAAGUUGACCAUAAUUGGAAUGAGCAUAAGAGCAAUAUUAUUACAAGAGAGAUCAUCAUGCCAUGGUGCAAUGAAUCAAAUGAUCAAGAAUCACUCCAAAUUAUCAAAGUUCCAUUAGAGGGAAAAAGUGUUAUAGUCACCUCAACAUUAGUUGACCAUCAAGUUAGAAAAAUAAUCUGUCCUUCAUGUGGCCAUAACAUAGAGCUUCAAGAUCAGAGGGGAAUACAUGAUUUGCCUGGUCUACCAGCUGGAGUGAAGUUUGAUCCUUCUGACCAAGAAAUUCUUGAGCAUUUGAAAGCAAAAGUCUUUUCAGAUACCCAUAAUAUUCAUCCUCUUAUUGAUGAAUUCAUUCCAACCAUUGAUGGAGAAAAUGGAAUUUGCUACACUCAUCCAGAGAAGCUACCAGGAGUGAACAAGGAUGGUCAAGUGCGUCACUUUUUUCACAGGCCUUCAAAGGCAUACACAACAGGAAAUAGAAAAAGGAGAAAAAUUCAUAUAGACAGUACUCAUGAUGAUGAUAGUGGUGAAACAAGAUGGCACAAAACAGGAAAAACAAGGCCAAUUUUCACAAGUGGAGAUUUAAAAGGUUACAAGAAGAUUUUGGUACUCUACACAAAUUAUGGGAGGCAAAGGAAACCUGAAAAAACAAAUUGGGUAAUGCACCAAUAUCACUUAGGUGAUAAUGAAGAAGAAAAAGAUGGUGAAUUGGUGGUUUCAAAAGUUUUUUACCAAACACAGCCUAGACAAUGUGGAUCAAGUAUUAAAGAAUCACUCAACAAGUCACCAAGAAUAUCAUUAAACAGGCAAGAUCAUAGUCCUAUUAUAAAAACCCCAGAUUUUAUUGAUUAUUAUAAUCAUCCUCCUUUUAUUUCAUACCAUGUUGGGAGCCAAAACUGUGAUAGCUCAUCUAUUUUUAAUGUACCUUCAAAUUCAAGGGAACAAUGAGGAAGUUAUAAGGAAGAGAUAUUAAUAUUAGUAAUUUAAACAUUGAAAAGAACAAUAAUUUGGGUGGAGGAAUAAGAGUUGUUACCUGUAACCAAAUAGAUGUGUAGUUUCCUUUUACUUAUGAAAAAUUAGAGAGAUGUGAGCAAUGAUAUUAGCUUAGGACCUUUUUUUUUGUUUUUUUGCUUUUCCUGUUUCUAAGGUAGUGAAUAGUGUUCAUUGUUUAUACUUGUUAUUGAUGAGUUAUGUACUUAAAAUGUAAUGUGAACAUUAAUGACUUAUUUUAUUACUUUUGAAAAUUUCAGCAUGUUCCUGUUCAUGAUUUGGAUUUAAUUUGCUAAUUUGGAAC